AUAAAUAAUCUGUGGCGUUGACGUAGAAUCUUAACCUAAAAUUUAAUGUAUCAUUUUAUUUAUAUCAAAGUUUAUAUUAGUGAUUUUUAAUAUAAUUUAUAAUGUCCAAUAGCCAUUUAUUUUUAAAACCAGCCUUUAUAACAACGCCUGGCCAAAAUGGUGUCGGAAGAUACGUUUGUCAGCUACAGAGAGUUGUUCUUAAAUUUUGCAAAAACAAUGGUUCGAGUAGGGGUAUGAGAGAAUUUAUAGAAACCAAAUUAAUGGAUUUUGUUAAGGAAAGUCCAGAGGUUGCUGUGUAUGUGAAGCCAAGAAGGCAUCGCACACCGAUUAUUAAAGCAGAAUAUCUUAACGGUGACACACAGUGGGUGAAUGCUAGAAACUUUACAGAAGACGAAAUACUGAAAUGGUUAAAGUUAUUAAAGUCACAAAGCUCAGACAGAACUGGAAUUAGAUUACGAAAACUAAUUCAUACUGAUUUUCCCUCAGUUCAAGGUCCAUGGACACCAUAUACCUUCAGAGAUCCACAAUUGAAUAAAGUAGAAUUUCCAUGUCCAGAACUAACAGGGCCGUUUAUUAAUGAGACUUCUGCUACUGAAGAAUUAUUAGAGUUAUACAAAAGACAGAAACUUGGAAAUGUAGAAGAGAGUAGAGCAGAGUAGAUGAUAUUAUGUAGUAUUUUUAUUAAAAUAAAGCUGUAGAUUAGUUAAUUA